AUGGGCAAGCGACCAUUGACUUUCCACACUCCAACCCCAAACCCAAUCGUAAUUCAUCCAGCCAGAAUGGCCACCACUGUCGCCGCCGGCCUGCAAAAGGCCCAGAAAGCAGUGCAGGACACUGCCACCAAGAACAAGAAGCUGGUCGACCUCGAGGCCGACACCGUCAACGCUCACACCAAACACCCCCAGUCCACCGACCAUGGCGUCGGCAUCUCGGACCCUGACCACUGGCUGCGCAUCGCCAACGAGCAGCGGUCGGGUCCCAGUCUGCUGGAAGACCAGAUUGCCCGCGAGAAGAUCCACCGCUUCGACCACGAGCGGAUUCCCGAGCGUGUAGUCCACGCGCGUGGAACUGCUGCCUUUGGAAACUUUAAGCUGCAUGAGAGUAUCGAGGAGCUGACCACUGCCGGGGUCCUGACUGACACGUCGAGGAACACGCCUGUUUUCUUGCGGUUCUCGACGGUGCAGGGGAGUCGGGGCAGUGCGGAUACUGUUCGCGAUGUUCGCGGAUUUGCGGUCAAGAUGUAUACUGACGAGGGCAACUGGGAUAUUGUUGGAAAUAAUAUCCCGGUGUUCUUCAUUCAGGACGCCAUCAAGUUCCCUGAUUUCGUCCACGCGGUCAAGCCUGAACCGCACAAUGAAGUCCCUCAAGCACAGACAGCCCACAACAACUUCUGGGACUUUGUCUACUUGCAUCCCGAAGCCACGCACAUGUUCAUGUGGGCCAUGUCCGACCGCGCCAUCCCCCGCUCCUACCGCAUGAUGCAGGGCUUCGGCGUCAACACCUACUCCUUGGUGAACAAGGAGGGCAAGCGCCAUUUCGUCAAGUUCCACUUCACACCACACCUUGGCGUGCACUCGCUCGUCUGGGACGAGGCCCUCAAACUGGCCGGGCAAGACCCCGACUUCCACCGCAAAGACCUCAUGGAAGCCAUCGACAACAAGGCCUACCCGAAAUGGGACUUUGGCAUCCAAGUCAUCGCCGAGGAAGACCAGGACAAGUUCGACUUUGACAUCCUCGAUGCGACAAAGAUCUGGCCCGAGGAGCUCGUCCCACUACGAAACAUUGGCGAGCUCGAGCUGAACCGCAACAUCGACGAGUUCUUCCCGCAGACCGAGCAGGUGGCUUUCUGCACGUCCCACAUCGUCCCCGGAAUCGACUUCUCCGACGACCCCCUCCUACAGGGCCGCAACUUCUCCUACUUUGAUACCCAGAUCAGUCGCCUCGGCAUCAACUGGGAGGAGCUCCCCAUCAACCGGCCUGUCUGCCCAUUCCUAAACCACAACCGCGACGGCGCAAUGCGCCACCGCAUCACCCGGGGCUCCGUCAACUACUGGCCGAACCGCUUCGAGGCUCUCCCGCCCGCCGGCGAAAAGGGCUUCGUCAGCCACCCGCAGCGCAUCACAGGCCAGAAGCGCCGUGACCUCUCGCCCAAGUUCAAGGAGUACCACAACCAGGCCCAACUCUUCUACAACUCCAUGUCGGAGAUUGAAAAGAUACACAUGAAAAAGGCGUUUUCCUUUGAACUCGACCACUGCGACGACCCGCUUGUCUACGAGAGACUGGCUGGGACCCGCCUCGCGGAACUCGACCUCCCCCUCGCACAAGCCGUCGCGGAGAUGGUCGGCGCCCCGAUCCCCACGAAGGCCCUCCGCCCCAACCACGGCAAGAAAUCCGUCCGCCUCUCCCAGCUCGAUUUCAUCCCCAAGAUCCCCGGAAUCGUCAGUCGCCGCGUCGCGAUCAUUAUUGGCGACGGCUACGACAAAAUCGCCUUCCAGGGAAUCAAGGCCGCCAUCCUCGCCUCGCAGGCCCUCCCCUUUGUCAUCGGCACAAAGCGUUCGGCCAUCUACGCCGCCGGCGAAUCAGCUAGCAACUCCAAGGGCGUGAUCCCCGAUCACCAAUACGACGGUCAACGCUCGACCAUGUUCGAUGCAACCUUUAUCCCCGGCGGAUCGCACGUGGAAACGCUCAAGAAGAACGGACAGAUCAGAUACUGGAUCGCGGAGACGUUCGGGCACCUCAAGGCGCUGGGCGCUACAGGCGAAGCCGCAAUCCUCGUCAAGGACGUUCUGGGCAGUAUGCUCGACGUAAAAGUUGCCGGUGCGGGCUCGCCCGAGCCCGUCGAGUGGUACGGAGUUGUUACGGCGAAGGAGCUGAAGACGCCGGAGAGUUUCAGUGAGGGGGUCAAGAUCCUCAAGGAUGCGAAGGAUUUCGUGGGCAAGUUCUUUUAUCAGAUCUCGCAGCAUCGGAAUUGGGCGCGUGAGUUGGAUGGGUUGGCUGCGACGGUUGCGUUUUAG